GAUUUUUCCUAUAUAAUUAGUCAAAACGCUACGAUUUAGGCCUUUCGUUUCUGGUCGCCAACGCCGUGAAGGAUUUUCGACGACCGUUGUUCAACCGACGGAGCCACUGACCGGAGACCUUCGAUAGCCAGAGCUACACUGUCGCAACCCACCUCAGGAAACGAAGUUGAUAAUUGUAGAAAAUGGCACCCGCCUUAAUCAAUGCAAAUCCAGUUGUAUAUGAAAAGAAGGAACGCCCUGUUCGUAGUAGACCUGGUGAUGGCAAUUUUGAUGAAUAUGCAACUGAACUCAUUGACCAACUAGAAAUAUUUGACCAUAUAAGAGACAUUAAAGAUCCUGAACAUCCUUAUUCUCUAGAAGAACUGAAAGUAAUUACAGAAGAUGCCAUUGAGGUAGAUGACAAGCGUAGCUAUGUUCGUGUCACUUUUACACCAACAGUUGAGCAUUGUAGUAUGGCGACUGUGAUUGGCCUUUGUUUACGUGUUAAACUUAUGCGCAGCCUUCCUUCCCGUUUCAAGGUUGACAUCAAGGUGGCUCCUGGGACUCAUGCGACUGAAGAUGCAGUGAACAAGCAAUUGAAUGAUAAGGAACGGGUUGCUGCUGCACUGGAAAAUCCGAAUCUGGUUGAUAUGGUUGAUGAAUGUUUGACUCCAUCUUAUGAAUGAAUUGAAUGCAUCAUCCAUUACAGAAACAAAAGUUCAACCAACCAAGACUUUAGAUAUCUAUAAAUAAUACACAUGUAGAUCUCUAUUUCUUCUAGUGAAAGCUUUUUGUAUCCUUGUAGUCAUAUUUUCACAUAUAAAAUUUAUUUGUGUUUUUUGGUU